ACGCCAGUUUUUUUACCUGCUCCUGCGCUCUCUCUCUCUCUCUCUCCAUUUUGGCUUAGCUCUCGCUUCCCUCUCCAAUCCUAGGGUUUUUUUUUCCAAUUCCAAAUCUCAUUCAUUUUCUCUUUCAUUAUCAGAUUCUCUCCCGUCAAUGUGCCUCCACCGCUCUUCUUUCAGGUUUUGGAUGUGGGAUUUCAGAGCGAGUGAAAGGAGCUCCCAUACUAUUCAUAGUGUAAGAUAUAUAAAGGAGGUGUAGUAUAAACUUGAAGGCUUUAUAGAACCUUUUGAACUGCUUCCAAACGAAUUUGGUGGGAGUCUGAGUAAUGGGGUCAUAUUCUCGCACUUGUGAAAUUGUUGAAGCAAGGGAAGAGCUGAAUUCAGCAAAACAUUCUAAAAGAACUUUUGAAUCUCAUUAUGGAAUAAAUGUGGGUGAUAAUGAAAGGGAGUCACCUGUGCUGAAGAUGGGAUACAGAAAUUCUUUAGAAGAUGAUAUCAAUCAACUUUUUGAAGCUAUCAGUCUCAAAAACUCAUCCAAGGGUCUGAUUCUUUCGAGUCAAGCAGGCCCAAGCUCAAGCCCUUUAAGGAAAAGUGCCAUGAAAAGGCCAAUAACAGUACCUCAUUCACCAAGAACUGGAAAUUCUGAACAAGUGUCUCUGAAGCAGGCAUUAAGGGAGCUUUGCAUUUCUAAAGCAUCAGAGAUGGCUGCUAUGAGACGGUUAACAAAGUCGACUGGCUCUCCAGGAGCCUCAGAAGCUGGAAGGAUAAAGAGUUUGUAUAAUUCAGUUGUAGUUGAAACCAGUGGGUCUGACCUUCAUGUAGAUGAAGGCAAGGGGACUAUGGUCGAGAUAUCCCUGCUUCCUGAAGAAACCAAAUCAAAUUCUUAUGAGAAGAUGCUUCAUCAGCUUCAGGUGCCUAAGUCAUCAAACCAGAGUGCUCAUACUUCUUCUCAGUCCCUAAUAUCCAAGUAUCAACACCAAAGUGCUCAUUCUUAUCCUCGAUUUGCUGUUCCAGCAACACAAACUGGUUCUGGCACUGGGACUGCAUCUAUGGAGGGUGAGAUUGCUUCUGCGUCGAGAAAAGUUGGAACUGAAGCACUAAAGUCACCAGACCAAAGCACUUCCUCUUCUCCUAGAUUUUCUGUACCAAAAAUGCAUAAUGAUAUUGGGACCACGUCAAUUCAAAAUGAGGUUGGUUCUUCAACAAGAAAAGUUGGAAGUCAAGCAACCAAGUCACUUUCCCAGAGUGCUCAUUCUUCUAAUCGGUCUGCUGUUCCGUUCACAAAAAGUGGUACUGGGACCACAUCACUGCAAAAUGAUAUAAAUUCUACCUCAACAAAAAUUGGAACACAAGCAUUGAAGACAGAAGUGGUUCAGAAAGAGAAAAGCAUGCCUGCAACUUCCCUAUCUUGUUCUGAUUCUGUCAAUAAUACGCCAGAUGAAAAAACUGUUUCCACUUCAAUAAAAGUAGCAAAAAAAACUUCAACACCUCGAACUGGUCGAAAAGGCAAGUUGUACUCUCUUUCUUCUUCAUCUUCAAUUAAUGGAAACAGAGUAAACAAGUUCACAAGAAAUACUCCACGAUUAGCAAGACCAGUCAUGAGAAACAAGAGUUCUGUUAAGAAAAAAAUAAAGCAGAGUGCUGCUUCUACUGCCUGCAUUUCUAAUGAAGGUAAUAACAGCUUGGCUCCUAGCACGGGUCAGUUGGUUUGCCAGAAAUGUCAAUGUGCUUUAAGGAAUGAGACCGAGGAUUUAAAGCAAGAUUUGUCACCUAGUUUCUCUGCCAGUUUUAGUGCUGAAGUUAGCUCAAACCAUGUGAAUGCUGGUGCUAGUAAACCAGAUUUCAGUUCAAGCAAUUCUAAUGGAAACAGAUCCAUUGGGAAGGCAAGGAAGAAUACAAAAUCAAAAGAGAAGGGGGAGUUUUCCCAAAGCUCGAAGAGUAGCCUUGGUGAGUAUAGCACUAGUACGAGCAACAGUGAUGAGAGCAAUGCAAGCAGGCCUAGUUGUUGCAACAGACCCCAUAUGUCGAAGGAUGUUAGAUGGGAAGUUAUUCGCCAUGUUAAAAUGCAGGAUAAAGUUUUAAGUUUGAGUCAUUUCAACAUCUUAAAAAAGCUUGGUUGUGGAGAUAUAGGGACUGUCUAUCUUGCUGAGCUAAUUGGUUCAAACUGCCUAUUUGCUAUAAAGGUUAUGGACAAUGAAUUUUUGGCAAGAAGGAAGAAGAUGCCAAGGGCUCAAACAGAAAGAGAGAUAUUGAGAAUGUUAGACCAUCCUUUUCUCCCUACACUGUAUGCCCAAUUCACAUCGGAUAAUCUGUCGUGUUUAGUUAUGGAGUACUGUCCAGGUGGGGAUCUGCAUGUCCUUCGGCAGAAGCAGCCUGGUGGGAGUUUCCCUGAACCAGCAGCCAGGUUUUAUGUUGCUGAAGUGCUUCUUGCACUGGAGUACUUGCACAUGCUUGGAGUUAUCUACCGGGAUCUGAAACCAGAGAACAUUCUCGUUCGAGAAGAUGGCCAUAUUAUGCUUACAGACUUUGACCUCUCACUGAGAUGCAGUGUCAGUCCAACUCUUCUGAAAUCAACAGAUGCUGAUCCUGUGAGGAUAUCCGGUCCAUGCACAGAAUCUAGCUGCAUUCAGCCUUUCUGCAUUGAGCCAGCAUGUCAAGUUCCAUGCUUCAGUCCUAGGUUUUCACCUGCUGUUGCAAAAACAAGGAAGUUAAAAGCUGAAAUGGCUUCUCAAAUCAGGUCAUUGCCUCAGCUUGUGGCUGAACCUACUGAUGCACGUUCAAAUUCCUUUGUGGGGACCCAUGAGUACUUGGCUCCUGAGAUUAUCAAAGGAAGGGGUCAUGGAGCAGCGGUUGAUUGGUGGACGUUUGGUAUAUUUCUCUAUGAGCUUUUAUAUGGUAGAUCACCAUUUAAAGGUUCUUGUAACGAAGAAACACUAGACAAUGUGAUUUCACAGAGCCUGAAGUUCCCUGACAGUCCACUUGUUAGUUUUCAGGCGAGGGAUCUCAUCUGGGGUCUGUUGUCAAAGGAUCCUGAGAAUCGGUUGGGAACUGAGAAAGGCGCUGCCGAAAUCAAGCAACACCCUUUCUUUGAAGGCUUAAAUUGGGCACUAAUCCGAUGUGCCAUUCCACCUGAAUUACCAGAAUCUUAUGAUUUUGGAGUUUCAUGCGAAAAUAGCAGCAAGUAUUUAGAGUACAAAACUACUGGAGAGCACCUUGAAUUUGAGCUGUUCUAAACACGGUCCCCUUCCUUCCCUGUUGUAACUGUAAUGGUGCUUGUAAUGUAAAUUGUUUCAAGAGUUUUGUCAAAUAGAUGGUAUUCGUGAUCAAGACAUGGCUUAAGGGAGUCGAUUAUGGUCCGCUGCCUCCAAAUUCAUGACUGGUAACCCCCUUAAGGCCAGAUUUUGUAACAUCAAAUCAUUUAUUAAGCAACUCACGCACUUGUACA